GCAGAAGUAGAAAUAUACUCGACAAAAUGGACGACUUGUCAAAAAUUCUACAGAUACUGAUUGACACUUAAAAUGCUAAAUUCCAGUUGUCACUGUCUAGCUACAGGGUAUACAUGUCCAGAAUGAUUAGGUUAUAAAGCUGUCAUACCUAUUUCAUGGCUAAAAAUGUCUGCAACAAAUAAUUUUGAUGAGGAGGAUCUAUGGGCAUGUAAAUGUGGUGAUGGUCGGACAAUAAAAUUUUCUGUAGCAAAACUGGUUGAAUACUCAGGGUAUUUCAGUGCUUUGAUGAACAGUCAGAUGAAAGAAACAAGGGAAAGAACUCUUGACCUUAGAUUUUUCUCAUCCGAUACCAUUAAUCUCGUCCUGAAGGUGUUCCGAUAUAAAGACAAAAAAUUAUGUGAUGAUAAAAUUUCUGACAUAUUUUAUGAAAGUUGUCAGCUGGAAAUCCUUGAAGAUCUGUUGAAGGCGAUUGACUAUCUUGAUAUGCCUUGUCUCUAUCGUAGGUGCAGCGACUUGCUUAUCACCAUAUUGCCGCCAUUUUGUGACGAGAUAGACCGACUGUGGAAAAUGUGGACAGUUUGUGAAACUUAUGGUCUAGAAACUGUGGAGGAUGAAAUUUGUAAACAAAUCGCAAAGAAUGUUAGUGUGAUAGAGAGUAAAGAUUACUUUUUCUUCCGAGAAGUUCCUAGAAAUAUUUUGUCUGGUGUUCUGUCCGAACCAAACAUUGACGUUAGUUCUGAAGUUGGGGUUAUGAAGCUCAUUUACGAAUGGAUUCUGUAUGCUAAGGAGGAACGGUUGAAGUGGUUUGAUAGUUUAUUUAAAUGUAUUCACAUACCGUCGCUGAUUCAUUCCAAUUUGCCCGAGAUUGGCCACAUGGUGAAAGCACUGGGUGUGGAAAAUAUUGAUAUAAUGAAAUGUUAUUCUGGCUACAUUGCUAAUCCACAUGAGUAUUUCAUUCUAAGACCACAGCAUUGUGAAUUACGUAAUGGUAAGAAAGUCUUAAUGCUGUUUGGUGGCGUGUAUGAACAUUCGCUAAUGGCACAUAAUCAACAUGCAAGAAGACUUUGGCGCAGUGCACAGUCAAUUCCGAUCAUGUAUCAGGACCUGGAGGAAGUCAGACGUCAAUGCCUGAAUAGUAAUGUCUCAAAUGCGACAAAAACUUCCCCAAAUAUCAGUCCAAGAUCAAAGAUUAAGCCCAUUGGAACAGGUUUGCAUCUGAGAACAAUAAAUAGACUGAAAUCUCCUAUGAGGCUGUUAGAAUUUGGAAUCUGUUUAUUUGAAAACUUUGUAUAUAUGGCUGGAGGACAGAGAACUAACAAUGAAGAAGCAAAGUCAGCUGUGAAAGGAACUUACAGAAUGGAUCCCCAUUUAAGGGAAUGGUGGGAGGUAGCACAUAUGAUAGAAGCUAGAUGUUUAUUCACUCUGUCGAGUAUUUGGGGCCGACUUUAUGCCGUUGGUGGCGCUAAUGAGUAUGGUAUACUAAGCUGUACAGAAUAUUAUAUCCCGAGGGAGGACAAGUGGUAUAUUGGUCCCCAGUUACCCACACAAUUGCAUGAGCAUGCCAGUUGCAAUUUUAGAGAAAAGUUGUACAUCUCUGGUGGACAUACCAACACAGAACAUUCGAAUCAAGUUUGGGUGUUAGAGUCCAAAGAUGGGACAUGGGAACCAGUAGCUCCUCUUCUUGAGUCAAGGUCAUAUCAUUCCAUGGUUGCCAUGGGUGAUAAGAUGUAUGUGAUAGGUGGAUGCCAAAAAGUUGGUGAUAGAAUCAGAGAUUUACAUAGUAUAGAGGAGUACAACCCAAAGUCGGACACUUGGACACACCUUCUGAAUCUUAGUACACCAAUCAGCUGCACACUUCCUGUCAUUAUUGGAGAGGAAGUACUUUUCAUUGGAGGUUACAGUUUUGAUGAGAAAGAGUACCUCCAGCAGACGGUAUCUGUCGAUUUAGAGAAAAGACAGUGGAAAAUUUCUCCAAUGGUGAUCGGGACAUCAAAAAAAGUUGUAGGAUAUUUGUGCCUAAGUUUGAGUGUCAGGCCAAGAAUAUUGAGAUGAAAAUACUUUUGUACUUGUUAAAAUGAUUACGUAUAAAAGAUAGAUACUGGUUUCCUAGCAGUUUCCGUCCCCUAGCAGUUUUCCGGUCGUUUAUCAUUUUCGUCCAGUACAGCCUAUUUUUACCAGUGAGGCGUCCACAUUAAUUCAUCAAUCAGAGAGACAUUUGUUUUCUAUGCUAAACAGCAUUUAAAAUAGUACAACGAUUUAUAAAUUUUGAAGUUUUGCUUGUUAUUUUACAAAGUUACAUAAGAGAACUUGCGACUUUUAAAAUAAGCAACACCUGGGGAAUUCUAGUUUGAAUAUCAAUGCACAAUAACUAAGACCCCAUUUUAGGUAAAUCAAUACUUCGGAAAAUAUUUUUGCAGACGACACGGAAAUUGUUGGGAAGUUCUGUUUGUUUGAUAAAUCCAUUUUAACAUUGCUUUACGGUACUGAAUUAUAUUCAAAAUAAAAAAGGUCCGGAAAACUGCUAUGAAUUUUUGAAUAAAGGUGAAAAAAGGUGUUACAUUUCAGGCUUAUAUUCAAAUUAAAAAGUAAAAUGAAAGUGCAACAUUAAACACAUGGCAAUGCUGGACAGGUACCUAACUUUGUCCUGUCAAAGUUUUGUACCACUCAGUAGACUGAUUUUUAUUUUAUUUGUUAAAAUGUGCGAUUUGUGGCUGGAAACUCCUAGGAAACCAGUAGAUCACCUGUCAAUAACUGUCACUUUAACUAACAUUUAGGCAAAAAUUGUGUUAAUAAUGGCUGCAAAUGAAAUCUAAAUAUAUUUUAAAUGUGCAAUGAGUGAGGAAUAGUAGGGACUGUCACAGAUGUGAUCUUGUGGUUGAGGUGUUUCUGUCUUGAGGGAUCGUAGGUACGAGCCCAUAUUUUGAUUAGGACAAUGUUUUCUCAUACAUGCAUAAUGUCAGUACCGGUCAGUUCUAGAAUGUGGACUCAAGAGUGACUUACUCCGAUAAUGUAGUUGAUGACCCCUGCUGGUUUUGGGGUCAAUAUUAGCAACUUGACAAAAAACAUAUAUUUAUUUUACAUACUAUUUUAUCUAGCAUUAUGAUCGUUAUUGUAGAAAAUUAAUGGAAAUUAGGCCAGGUCAGCAAAUUGAUUGUUAGCCUCUUGGAGACAAUUUUAAGUAAAAUAAUAUUUAUGGAUCAGUGUAACUGAGGGGGGGGGGAGUAGGAGAGAAAUUUCUCCUCUUGUGCCAAAAAAAUGGUUUAUCCAAAAAAAAAUUAUACACAUACAUUGUAUAUAAAAUUCAUAGAUGUUUUUUGGGGCUAUUUUAUUACAAGUCUCAUAAUGAUUUCAACAGAAAUAUUUACAAAUUCAGAGUUAAUUUUUUAAAGACAUAUACAGUUCAAGAGUUCUAGUUACAAUCCCAAAUCAGAUUCUUACAUAUCAGGUUUUUUGAGGAGAAAAUUUUUUUUAUAUUGAAAUAAUUCAGAAUUAAUGAUUUCAUAGAAAGUUUUAUAAAUCAUUUUGUGAGAAAAUUUGUAAAAAUGGACUAUCAUUGCUAAUAUUUUUAUCAUUAAUAACAUUAUUAUUUUGUGAUUAUUAUUAUUAUCAUAAAUACAUGUAUAAUGAUAAUCAUUAUUAUCUUACCAUAUAAAUUCUUCAUGUGUAAAACUGGUUCAAAAAUGUUUUAUGAUAUAACUGCUAAAAACAAUAUGGAGAUAUCUUGUAUACAUUUUGGUUGUACAAGUUAGAAAGAUGAAAGAGCCUGAAACAAUGUACAGAAGGGCACCUGAGGUCUUUUUCCACCAGUAAAGCUGAAAAGUUGCCAUAUAACCAAAACUGUGUUGGUGCGACGUGUAAUGUGUAACCCAACCUCAAAAAAAUGUAUAGAUUUCCAUUGGCAACUAUAAGUAAAAGUAUAUACCGGGCUAUGGUUGAGCAAUAUAAACCUGUACAAUCAGGAAUAAAAUCGGCAAUAACAAUGCUGCCUAUACUGGCUUAAUAUAAAGACGAAUAAUCAUGUAGAUUUUGAGAUAUGAUUGUGGAAUAAAACUUAUCUCAUAUGUUAUGCUGCAUGUGACGUAUAGAUUUUAACUGUGAUCAUUGACUUUUGCAUUGCAACAACUGUAAAGUUAUAAUGUUUAAUGUGAUAAUUUGUGAUUUCAUCAUUUGUACAAUUUAUUGUGUCGCCUCUACGGAGUAGUGGCGACAUAUAGGGAUCACUUCUCCGUCGUCUGUCUGUCCGUCUGUCUGUCCGUCCGUCCGUCACAAAACAUGUCCGGACUACUCCUCAUAAACUACUGGUGCAAUUUCAUCCAAACUUUACAGAAAUGAUCAGUACCAAGUCUAGUUGCGCAUAUUGUCAGCAUUUUCCGGUUCAAUGAUUUUUGUCAGAGUUAUGGCCCUUUAAUAAUUUUUAAUUUGAAAGUUUGUCCGGACUACUUCUCUUAUACCACUAAUGCAAUUUCAAUGAAACUUUACAGGAUUGAUCUGUAGCUCAAGUCCUUGUGCAUAUUGCACGGGUUUUCUAGUUGAAUGAUUUUUGGCCGAGUUAUGGCCCUUUGAUAAAAAGGUGUUUUUUUCUGUGUGUUGCCAGAUACACAAAAGCUUGUCCGGAAUACUUAUCAUAAACUACUGGUGCAAUUUCAUCCAAACUUUACAGGAAUGAUCGGUACCAAGUCUAGUUGUGCAUAUUGUCAGCAUUUUCCGGUUCAAUGAUUUUUGUCAGAGUUAUGGCCCUUUAAUAAUUUUAUUUUUAAAGUUUGUCCGGAAUACUUCUCUUAUACCACUAAUUCAAUUUCAAUGAAACUUUACAGGAUUGAUCUGUAGCUCAAGUCCUUGGGCAUAUUGCACGGGUUUUCCGGUAUAAUGAUUUUUGGUUGAGUUAUGGCCCUUUGAUAAAAAAGGUGUUUUUUUCUGUGUGUUGCCAGAUACGCAAAAGCUUUUCCGGACUACUCCUCAUAAACUACUGGUGCAAUUUUAUCCAAACUUUACAGGAAUGAUCAGUACUAAGUCUUGUUGUGCACUGUCCGUCUGUCUGUCCGUCUGUCACAAAAUUUGUCUCAACAUGAAAUUGGCCAUCAUGAGGCUACACAUGUGAUCACUAAUUGCUCUUGUUAUUUAUUUUUUGUAAACAAUUUCUCAUUUUGUAUCAUUGGUGCAUUUGAUUUCUAAAGCAGAGGCUGUAACAUUUAAUAAAAUCAAUAAACUUAAAUCAUCAAAAAUUAAAAUUUAAAUGUGCAAACCUUUUGUAAUAAGAAAUAUUUUAUUUGUAUGAAAUAAGCUAUUUAGCCAGUCUAUUGUUUAUGCACUCUUCUCCUUUUUCAGUCAAGUUCAUUAACUGUUUCGAUUCUCUCUAAUCAGUUUACUGGGCAUCUGCUUCAAUGAAGUACAUUUGUAAUGAUAAAUAUAAUGUCAUUGUUAAUUGCCAUAUCUUUUCUUUUUUUCGUAAGGUCACAUAAUAUCCAACAAAUUACAUUAUUAUCACAAAAUUUGUACAAACAACUAGCAUUGUUAUCAAGAGAAUGAAUUUGUUUCGUUCUCCCACACAAAAACCAAUUACAUGUAUAAGGUAAUUUAAUAAAAAACAAAAGUAUUAAUUUCACAAAUAACAUAAUGUUAAUUAUAAGGUAAUUUAAUAAAAAACAAAAGUAUUAAUUUCACAAAUAACAUAAUGUUCUCACAUACCUAUCAUUUUUCCUGAGAUAAAUAAAUCCAGCAAACAGAUAUAAAUGAUACACUGCUAUGAUAGCAAAUAUAAGUAGGGCAUUAUUAUGGCCCACACAUUUGAGUGAUUAACCCUUAUAGCUUUAACGAAAAAAUGGUAUUAUAGAUUAAACCAUUUUCUUUUUUUAAUCUUCAUAACGUCUCAGCCGUAGGCAUUUUCUCUGUUGCCUAUUUCUAGGUACAGAUGUACUAUCUGCAGGUUUCGUCUGCACUGGCUUCUGAUCUCCUUAAACAUAAUCUAAACUUGGACACGUCCCGUGUUAUUUCUUUUCCUCUGUUUGAUUGUUAGCAUAGAACCUUUCAUAGCAAUGAUUAUUCAAGGGGUAGGGUCAUACGCUGUUUCAAGUUUAUUCUGUUGUUCCCAGUUUAAUAGCACGCAAUCUCCAAGUUUCAAAUUAUUUGGCUUAGCUCUACGUUUCUGAUCAGAAUACAUUUUGUUUUUCGUUUCGAUAGACUGUCCCUGUCUCGUUGUUGUCAAAUGUCAUUUUUGGUAAUUUUUUUUUUUGUGUGUAGUAGUUUGUGGUGUGUUGCGAAAAUUCAUAAGAUAUCUACUUAACGCUCUUUUAUAAUCUUGUCUAGACGCUUUAGCUGUUUUAAUUGUUUUUUUGCAGUGGCGCCAUGAAUCUCUCAACUAUUCCAUUUGCUUGUGGGUGCAAUGGAGUAAUUUGUUAUGUUUAAAUCUUGUAUUAUCAGCAAAUUCUCUGAAUGCGCGACUUUGAAACGGAGGUCCAUUGUCCGUUUUCACUACCUCUGGAUAUCCGAAUAUGAAAAUAUCGCCUCUAAUCGCGGUAUGACUGUAUCUGCAGCUGUCGAUUUGAUUCUCUCAACGACAGGAAAUCUACUGUAUUCUUAUAUAACAACUAGUAACAUGUAACCGUCUGGAAAUGGUCCACAAAAGUCACAACUGACUUCAGAAAACACAUCUCGUGGUAGUAAUGUUGGUUUGAUUGGAUCUGGAAUAAUUCUUGUUGAUGCACCUUGGCAUACAAUGCAUGAUUUACAUAUUUCUUCAACUAUUUUAUCCUUAUCUGGAAACCAACAAUAUUCACAUAGUAAUCCUUUGCAUUUUGAUUGGCCUUGGUGACCUUCAUGCGAAAGCAAAAUAAUUUGUUUUCGCAGACUUUUUUUUUACAUAGCUUAAUAUACAGUCUGUUUUGGUAGCUUUUGCUACAUCUGACAGCUUCAAUGCACCUGGCAAAGCAUUUUCAGUGAUAAAGCUGAUAUACUGCUCUGCUACUGUGUUUGUUUUGUGUCUUGCAUGUGGAUGCCUGGAAGGAUAAUCUGAUAUCAUCAUUUUACCUGGUCCAUAAACUGUCUGAAAAUCAUAUGUUGUCAACUUCUAAUCUUGGUGACUGUAUUGUCUUGAUAUUGUUGUAGAUUGACUGAAGUGCAGCAUGAUCUGUUAUCAGUUUAAAUUUCUUGCCGAAUAAAUACAAAUGGAAAUGCUGAAUCAUGAUAACAGCACUCAAAGCUUCUUUCUAUUUGAGAAUUGAAUUGUAUGCUUUGCUUCCAUAUGAUACUAUUUUGCCGUUUUGAAUACGUAUUCCUGAGCAUCCAACUGAACUUCCAACAACCCAGAGUUCAAUUUUCUUUUUUUUGGAUCGAAAUAUGUCAAGACUUUAUCACUAAUUAAGGUAUCUUUUAAUGAUGUGAACAAAUUUUCUUGGUCUGCAGUCUGUUCAAAUUUUACGUCUUGAUGUGUAAGUUGUCUUAAUGGUUCUGUUAAGCUUGAAUAGCAUCAAGAAAUGAACGAAUUUUGGAUAUUGAUUUUGGUCUGUCCAUAUACUUUAAAUUGUUAGGAUUGGGUGAUUUUCCUGUUGCGGAAAAUACGUAUCUAUAGAACUUGAUUUUAGAUUGUCUGAAUGAACAUUUUUUGCUGUUCAAUGUAAGGUUUGGAUCUUGAAGAUGUGCAAUAAAGCUAGAAGAUUGGCAUCAUGUUAUUCAUGUCUUACCAAAACAUAUGAUAUUGUCGGCAAUAUUCAAUAUGCAUGUAAAACCUUGAAGUGCUUGACAAAGCUCGUUUUGUAAAAUUAUUGGUGCUGCGGACACCGAAAUUUAGACAUUUUUAUAAUACUAAAGCAGCCCAAUAUGUGUCUGAAAUGUUGUCAUUACACAUGAUGCUUCAUCCAAUUUAAUUUGAUGGAAAGCUUUGUACAGAUCUAGACGCGAAAAUACUGUUGCGCUGUUUAACGCCAAGAUAUCAACCACUGUUGUGCAACCAUUUUUCUGUUUUGAUUACGGUGUUGGCUUUCCUCAUAUCUAUGCACACUCUCACUUCAUGUGGAGCAUUAGGUUUCAGAGUAGCUACUAAGUUCGAAACCCAUGGUGUCGGAAAACCUUUAACCUUUUCAAUGAUAUCCAUUUCCUCUAAACUUUUAAGUUCCUUUUUGACUUGCACACGUACAUGAAAUGGUACUAGUACCUCCUAGGUGGUUGAGCUAAAGGUACAACACUUUCAUCAAUAUGAAACUUAACUUUUCUGUCUUUCAGACAUCCUAAGCCUGUGAAAACUUGAGAAUAUUCAUCAAUAAGUCCUGAAUAUGCGUCUUUGCUUUGAACUGAUUUGGAACUGAUUGUAUUUGCAGUAAAAUCCCGAGCUCUACCAAUAAUUCAUAACUGAUCAUUGAUUCUUUGUUGCCUCUAACAAUGUGAAAAUCUUUCGUCUAAAGUCCGACUGCACAAGCAGGGAACAUUUGCCUAUGAAUGGAAGUGGAGAUUUCUGUCCAAAUGUAGAUGCUUUUGUUUUCGUUUUCUUGAUUUCUGGACGAAUUUUCAUUUUCUCAAGGUCGAUUUCGCUAAUAAUAUUUAUCAAUGAACCGUUAUCUAUCAAGACAUAAACAUCUACACCAUUUAAUUUUACGCUUUUCUUUAGCACUUUCUUUUUCCAUCUGACAUCUUAAAUCCAAAUAACAUGUCGCAUUCAUUCGAAUUGUCAUCCGCCAUGCUUGCCUCUGAUAAAACUUUUGAAUUCGACUGUUCUUCAUCUACUGAUGACGUUUUCUACAGACCGAUAUAAUUUCCAUGGUUCUCAUUUUUAGCUCACCUGUCACAAAGUGACAGGGUGAGCUUUUGUGAUCGCUUUUCGUCCGGCGUCCGUCCGGCCGGCGUCCGUCCGUAAACUUUUGCUUUAAAUGACAUCUCCUCAUAAACCACUGAGCCAAUUUCAUCCAAACUUCACAGGAAUGUUCCUUUGGUGGUCACCUUUAAAAAUUGUUCAAAGAAUUUAAUUCCAUGCAGAACUCUGGUUGCCAUGGCAACCGAAAGAAAAAUCUUUAAAUAUCUUCUUUUAAACAACCCUAAGAGCUAGAGCUUAGAUAUUUGGCAUGAAACAUCUUCUAAUGAGUGUCUACCAAGUUUGUUCAAAUAAAAGCCCUGGGGUCAAAAUUGGCCCCGCCCCAGGGGGUCAUUGAUUUUCUCUAUAUGCAUAUAGUAAAAACUUAAAAAAUCUUCUUUUAAAGAACCCAAAGAGCUAGAGCUAAGAUAUUUGGCAUGAAACAUCUUCUAGUGAGUGUCUACCAAGUUUGUUCAAAUAAAAGCCCUGGGGUCAAAAUUGGCCCUGCCCCAGGGGGUCAUAGAUUUUCCCUAUAUGCAUAUAGUAAAAACUUAAAAAAAUCUUCAUUUAAAGAACCCAAAGAGCUAGAGCUAAGAUAUUUGGCAUGAAACAUCUUCUAGUGAGUGUCUACCAAGUUUGUUCAAAUAAAUACCCUGGGGUCAAAAUUGGCCCCGCCCCGGGGGGUCAUUGAUUUUCCCUAUAUGCAUAUAGUAAAAACUUAAAAAAUCUUCUUUUAAAGAACUGUAAGAGCUAGAGCUUAGAUAUUUGGCAUGAAACAUCUUCUAGUGAAUGUCUACCAAGUUUGUUCAAAUAAAAGCCCUGGGGUCAAAAUUGGCCCCGCCCCAGGGGGUCAUUGAUUUUCCCUAUAUGCAUAUAGUAAAAACUUAAAAAAUCUUCUUUUAAAGAACCAAAAGAGCUAGAGCUAAGAUAUUUAGCAUGAAACAUGUUCUAAUGAGUGUCUACCAAGUUUGUUCAAAUAAAAGCCCUGAGGUCAAAAUUGGCCCUGCCCCAGGGGGUCAUUGAUUUUCCCUAUAUGCAUAUAGUAAAAACUUAAAAAAUCUUCUUUUAAAGAACCCAAAGAGCUAGAGCUAAGAUAUUUGGCAUGAAACAUCUUCUAGUGAGUGUCUACCAAGUUUGUUCAAAUAAAAGCCCUGGGGUCAAAAUUGGCCCCGCCCCGGUGGUCAUUGAUUUUCCCUAUAUGCAUAUAGUAAAAACUUAAAAAAUCUUCUUUUAAAGAACCCAAAGAGCUAGAGCUAAGAUAUUUAGCAUGAAACAUGUUCUAAUGGGUGUCUACCAAGUAUGUUCAAAUAAAAGCCCUGGGGUCAAAACUGGCCCCGCCCCGGGGGUCAUUGAUUUUCCUUAUAUGUGAAUAGCAAAAACCCAAAUAGCUAGAGUUUAGAUAUUAAGCAUGAAACAUCUUUAAGUAAAUAUCUACAAAGUUUGUUCAAAUAAAAGCUCGGGGGUCAAAACUGGCCCUGCCCCAGGGGUGUCAUUGUUUUUAACUAUAUGUGUAUAGUAAAAACUUUAAAAAAUCUUCUUUUAAAAAACCCAAUGAGCUAGAACUUAGAUGUUUAGCAUGAAACAUCUUCUUAUGGGUGUCUACCAAGUGUGUUCAAAUAAACAAAUAAAAGCCCUUGGGUAAAAAUUGGCCCCGGGGGUGCUAUAUACAGGUGAGCGACCUCAGGGCCAUCAUGGCCCUCUUGUUGUAAUCAAGUGAUUUAUCCAGAUCUUGUAAACACUGCAUUCUCAUUUUUUGUGAAGUAACACCCUGUAUAAUCUGGCUUUUAAUUUCAGAGUCAAUGUCUGAAAAUUCACAAUUCUUAGCGUUCUGAUGUAAUCUUGUACUAAAUUGGUCACUGGAUUCCCCAAGCAACUGCUUCAUAUUACGAAAUUCGAAUAUUUCGAAUUGUGUGUUUUUUCUUGGCUUAAAGUAUGUUGCUAAUCCAAUUUUCAUUUCCUUGUAGUUUUCAUUGUCUUCUUUUAAAUUUAAUGUAUCAUAGAUAUCGUAAAUGUCAUCUCCUGCAUAAUGGAGUAACAGUGCUUUUUUUCGUUUUUUAGGGUUUAUUCCCAGUCCAACAAAAUUAAUAAAUUUUCUAAUUUAUCUAAUUACUUGUCCCAUCGUACUCCAAGAGAGAAUUUUCAUCAGCAUAAACAUCGAACUUUGGAAAAACAGGUAAAUUUUCCAUUUUCAAAUCUGCUUUUUCACAGAGUCGGUGUAGAUUUAUCCACAGUCUUUUUAAUAUCCAAUCCUCGUCGCCAAUGUAACAUUUAUAUAUUAUAUUUGGACGGUGUACUAGCACACAAUCUAAACAAGACCCGAAGGAUGGUUUAUAUAUUUUAUUAUAUGUGUUGCAUCCAAGUAUACACUUACAAACUCACAAACAUCAAGUAAACAUAUAUACAGUAACAAUAAAGAUAUUUUUUUAUAUUAAAGGUGUGGCUUAAUCUUUCUAGUAGACUUGCUUACUACAGAAGCCUCUAAGAUGACUUUGUACAGGUUUUUUUGUUUGUGAUGAUUUGAAAUUUGUACAAUUUAUUGUUUUGUAAACACUUUCUCAUUUUGUAUCAUUGGUGCAUUUGAUGUUUGCCUGGUUGCAAUUUUAUUUAAAAUUAUAAAGAAAUUAUUGUUAUUAAGAAUAAUAGCCUCCAAGAGGACUUUCUAUUUUUUUAUGUUUUUUGAUAAAUUGUAAAUAAUUUGUACAAUAUUUUGUCUUUAUUCUAUUCUUACAUUUGAGCCGUGUCAUGACAAAACCAACAUAUUUUGUUUGGGACCAGCAUGGAUCCAGACCACCCUGCACAUCCGAGCAGUCUGAUCAGGAUCCAUGCUGUUUGCUAUUAGUUUCUCUACUUGUAAUAGGGUUGGUAAGCGAACAGCAUGGAUCCUGAUCAGUCUGCAUGGAUGCGCAGGCUGGUCUGGAUCCAUGCUGGUCGUAAACGCACUAUGUUAGGUUUUUUUUGUAAUUAUUCCAUUCUUACAUUUAUUAUUGGAAGCUAUGAAGUAUUUUCAUACAUUUGCCUCAAAGGUUGUGUAAAAAUGUUUUUGAUAUCGUACCAUAUUGUACACAUACUUUUAGAAAGAUAUGUAUAACAUGCCAUAAGAAUGAUAUUGUUUACAUCUGAUUAAAUUUGUGCUAAACAUUUUCCAGGAGCGGAUAUUUUCUUCAUUUUUUUUUGCCAGGGUAUCAGGGGCCAUAGACGUCAUGUGGAUUUGAAUUUGGAAAUGUCCAUUAGAGAAAGGGGGGAUAUAUUACUAAGAGUAGGUAUUCAUAAUUGUUCUUGAACUAGAACUUUUUGCUCUUAUUAUAUUCAUCUUUCUAUCUUCCAUUUAUUUCAAACCCUCUUGAGGACAUACACAUGUAUGUGUGUCAAAAUUGUGAGAUACAUGUAGUUAAGAUUACAUUAAAAGAUGAUAAAAGUUUUUUAAAACGUUAAAAGUUUAAAACGGGGGCUGGAAAACUAGGGUGAGACAUGUUUAACACUUAAUCUGCUGAACUUUGCAAUGGAUAUGCCCCGCUUUGAAUUUAGAACAGUUGAUUUGAAGUUUCAGGGACUUGAUUAUCAAAAUACAAAAAUUGAGUUUCAGAUGGUGCAUGAUGUCCUGGCUCAAUACAAGGGGCAAAGACU